CCCCCUACCCCUCCUCUCCUCUCCUUUCCUCUCUCUCUCUGUCUCCUUCCCGCCAGCCAUGAUCCGUGGCGGGCUAAUUCCCAGACGGUCUUCUUCCUCUUCUCCUCCUUCCUCCUCUUCUUCUCAUCACCCUCUUCCUCCACCACCUCCUCCUCCUCGCGGGCCCGAGCAAAACGUGGCGACCACGCAGAACUAACUAGCUUCCUGUGCAACAAAGCCCACCUGAGUGUGUGUGAGUGAGUGUGUGUGUGCGCUUGUAUGUAUAUGUGUGCGUGAGGUCAUGUCGGGCAUGACGAGUGGCGUGUGUGUGGACAGUGACCUCUCCUCGAUGCUCCAGAGAAGCUCAGCCCCCUCGCACCAUCACCCAAAUCACCAUGGCUACGGUGGACAGGGACAGGUGUCGGGCCUGGCUCCCAUGCUGGACUACACUACAGAGAUGGAUCGGUACCGCUCCUCCAUCGCCAGUUUCUACAAGACCAACGUCAAUAUGAACAUGAACGUUACAAACUUCCCUCAGUCAGCCAAACUGGCCGCCCGCUUGGCCGCGGCCGCCCCCAUCUUCCCUCCCACCGCUGCCAGACUUGGGGCUAUGGCGACGACGCCCUGGGGUUGCCACGACAACAUGAACAUGAACAUGAACCACCCGGCGGCAAUGUUCUGGGGCCGACCUAAACCCGUGGCGGCCACGCCGACGCACCACCCCCACCACCAUCAUCACCCCUCUGCGACGCCGGGUCACAUGACCUCCUCGCACCCCCAUAGUACCAGCAUGCACCAGAGCAGCAGCAGUGGGUCGGGAGGGGGAGGAGGUGGUGGGAGCAGUGACGGUGGAGGGGCUGAGAAACACGGACACACUGCCUCACUUCCUGUUUCACAGGGAACGGCACACCAUCACGCCAUGGCAUCAAGCAACGGGAACUUCCUUCCUGGAUACAGUGGCGGAACAGACUGUGGCGUCAUGAACAAGCAGGGACACACCCACGCGGACAUGAUAGGCCUAUCAGAGGGUGGCAGCUGCAACGGAGGAGGGGUUAUGGGUGGCAGCUUCCUGGGGGGGCUGGGACUACCUCCCGGGGUCAUUGUUAUGGCGAUGGGGUCAGCAGGGGGCGGGAUCUCAGACGCUAGCAGCGCCUUUCAGAUGACAGGCGGCCAGCGGGCGCUAACAGACUGCCAGCAGCAUGCCAACUCCUCCCCCUGCCCCUCCUCCUCCUCGCCCCCAUCAUCAGGCGUGACAGCGGCGGCCGUUUCUCUGUCGUCAUCAUCAUCUUCGUCAUCCGGGACGGUGGCUAAAAGAAAGAGGAAACGAUGUGGCGUGUGCGGGCCGUGCAGGCGGCUCAUCAACUGUGGCGUCUGCUCAUCGUGCCGCAACAGGAAGACGGGUCACCAGAUCUGCAAGUUCAGGAAGUGCGAGGAGCUGAAGAAGAAGCCGGGGGGAGGAGGGGGGGUGCUGGAGCGGCCUCCCUCUGUCCCAGCCAGUGAGGCAUUUCGUUGGUUCUUCUAGCCUUCCCUCCACCAACAGAACCAAAAUCUGGAGGCCUAGCAGGAAGUCACCAUCACACGGACUGCAAAAUCAGCAAAAGGACUACAACCUCUGGAACUGAAAUUGAUUCUCUGCGACAGGAUUACAAUUUCAUACUGUAUGGAUGACAGUUCCCAGACUGAGACUAUUCCCACCUCAGCUGGAACAGGGAGUAGCUAGACAGAAGGAGAGGAAGAGGGGGCAGUUUGGUCACAGGCAACUGGACUUGGCCAAUUGAUGUGGUGAUGCCAUAAUUGCAUGUUUUUCCCAAGAUUGUGUAAAGGUAAAUUUAUAAAUCAAUUCUUAAAAAGGCGCACACAGAAUGUCCAGACCGUAGCAAGCAAACUGGCUAGAACAGAUACUAGUCUGUAUUUGUACUGGCUAAACAAACUUGUUCCAGACCUCUAAAUUGUCUAUCACUCCUCCUGUUUGCUUUUCUUAACAAACAGUUCAGGCCUUGACUAUUGAAAGGAUAGGCCGCUAAGUAGCCACAUAAAAAUAAUCUAUAAAUUCUGUAGCUCUAAUCUAUUACAUAAAAAUUUCGAAAAGCUCAGGUUGUUCCAUUGCAAGCUUGACUGGAUGAAUAUCGAAACAUUAACGGUUCUCUUAUGGCUUACUCAUAGAGUUGCAAUCAAUUCAAAGACUAGUGCUGGAACAAAGCUGCCACUAUGUCUAUGUCUGUAGCUAGGCUGUUCUUAAAAUUACAUGAAAUUGUAUCAAAACGACAUCUUUGAGGGUAUAUGAAAUCUGACAUCUACUGGUGAAAAUGCAAGAGUAUUGCCCUGUACCUCUACUUUUAGCAGUUCUUUGUGUCAAGAUCUAAUCCACUUUUUAUGGACUGAUUUUUAGACUUUCUUUCAUUGGGUCUCAGCCUUAUAGGUAAGGUAAGGAUCUCGGAUGCUGCUCUUUUGCAUCAAAAGCAGCCAGCUGUGGUGGUUUGAGCAUCUAAUUAGAGAUUCCCUCUGAGUACUGUCCUUUGGAAGGUUCCAGUACAAUCCAAGCUCGAAGGAGCCAUGCAGAUUGUAGAUCCCAUUUCAGCCAAGAGAAAACUGGGAACUCCCACGGGUAACUGAAAAAUGUUGCAGACAUUGGGAGAAUAAUACCCUGCAUAGUUUGCUAUCAAUGCAACCUGACCCCGAAAAACAGAAAAUAGAGGCAUGGCAUCAAAGAUCAAUAAGCCAACAGCAGAGAGAGUGUUCUGUACCUGCUUUCAACAGUAAAUGUUAGAUUUGGGAAAUUGGGCUUCUUUGUAAGCUUGACCAGAUGUUUUGGCCAGAUGUUCCGGUCACGUGAUUGCUCUGGCAAAAGCGGGUGGUGUUAUCAAUAAGGUAGAUUAUCCAUUUCAGAUCCCAGUAUGGACCUCAACAUGAAGUUUACCUUAGCCUGGUGUACCUCAUGUAGCCUUGAUUUAAAAAUGUCUGAAAAUAAAAGAAGAAAAAGGAAGGAAAAAGGCAAUCAAAGCAGUGUUUUUGUAAGUUCCAGAACAGUCUUGACAAUCUCAUUCACAUAAACAUGUAUUAAUUACAUAGAAAUCAUUUUAAGUGCCAACAUUGUAACCGUUUUAUCCAUUUCCUCUAAUGUGUUAUGUAGCUUUUCUGUAAAGGUCCAUCAAGUCACAAAGCCCAAAGUCCACACCAAAGGAAGGUAGUCUCUCCCAGAAGAAGAAAAGCCCAGUUUGUAGCAUAGGAUUUCCUGUUGUUACUUAUAAACAUCAUUCUGAAAUAACAAUAUAUGCCAGUUUGGUCCUGUUAAACUAAUGACAAUGGAUUACUCUCACUGUAAUCCCCCUGACACUAGGAAAAUCAUGUAGCUAACAUUACCUCACCUCUGACUGGCCACCCACAGGAAAGAGCUUUCUGGAAAUAAUCUUCAGUAAAUAUAAGAAAUUAUACAAACUUUAGUACCAAAUGUAAACCAGUAAACAGAUUUCAUGAAAUUCAGCAAUCUUGCUGACAAACAUAUUUUGCUAAGAGAAAAAGUAUUAUGUUAAUAGUGACAUUAUUGCAAGGACGCUUUGUGUACUGUGCAAUGUAGCAACUUUUUUUUUUUCUUUUUCCAUAACACUUAUAUUACCAGGAAGUAAAACAAUUGAGAUGAAACAUCUCUUUCUGGCUUCCUGGAUUUUGUGAGAGUGUCCUUAUCCUAAACAGGGAGCAUAAGUCUAGCCUGGUUUUCAGUUAUGGCAAUUAUGACAAAACCAUAGUUCUCAGAGAAAAGCUGUUCAAACAUGGGGAGAACAUGCAACAGGGCUUACCACUGAAGCAUCGUGCUGACGUGCUUUUAUAGAAGACUGUUCUUGUUCUGGGUCAAGGUCCAAACUCCUUAAUCUGGAUUUCUUUUAUGAAUAACAUAUCUUUAAGGUAUGUAAGCGGUGUUCACAUAAACAUCCAAGACAUUACCAGUGAAAAGCUGAUUGUCUGAAAGUUCGAAGUAAAUAGAAAAAAUAACUAUACCGGAUUAAAUUGGCUACUCUUCCUUUCAGGGUGUUCAAAUUCAUGUGCAGCCCAACAUGGCUUAGGUUGCAUAGUGGAAGUCAUCCUCUAACCCCUCAGGACCCUGCCUCGGGAUGUUGGAGCAGAACUCUGCAUUGGCAGCCUGACACCUGAGAGUGAACUCAGGGUGCACAACACACAGUUUGCCAUAAUAUCAACUAGCAUGGUAGUAGAACUCCUGAUCUGACCUUUGAGCUUCAAUUCUUCCACAUUCUGCUCUCUCACAGUUGCACUUUUUGAUUUUAGUACAUAAAGUAUAAUUUUGGUCAGCUGUAGUCUUGCUGUCUUGAGAUGUCCGAUAAUGUGAACAGAAGCCGUAUAUAUGGUAUAUAGUUUGUGAUCAUGGCACAGAUUAUGUAUGUUUGUGUACAGCCUUCACAAUCUGUGAUAAAACUGUCACCUGCUUCCUCUUCUUCCUCCUCCUAGCAAACCACAAACCCCAUUGUAGCCAAACCAGGAAGAUUCAGGACUUAACCACAGAAACAAUUACAGUCUGACCAAAACCGGAUGACACGUUAACCUCAAAGGGAAAAAAAAAUCACCACAGAGAGGAUACAAACUGACCUCAGCAGGACGUGAUUCAGGACUGUUAUUAAGGACUACAACUUCACCACAGUAGGACUACCACAUCACUGUUAUCUGUCUCUUCUGUCUACCUCCUCCUCAAGAACAUUAAAGGCACCUUGAUUGAUUCUUA